AUGGAAUCUGCGAAAGAGCGUGAUACUUUCGUUUACCUCGCUAAGAUUUCCGAGCAGGCUGAGCGAUACGAAGAAAUGGUGGAGUCGAUGAAAAACGUGGCGAGGUUGAACGUUGAUCUGACGGUGGAAGAGAGGAACUUGCUCUCCGUUGGGUACAAGAACGUGAUCGGUUCAAGGAGAGCUUCCUGGAGGAUUUUCUCGUCGAUCGAGCAGAAAGAAGCAGUGAAAGGGAACGAUGUGAAUGUAAAGAGGAUCAAAGAGUACAUGGAGAAGGUUGAGAUUGAGCUUUCAAACAUCUGCAUUGAUAUAAUGUCUGUGUUAGACGAGCAUCUGAUUCCAUCGGCUUCUGAGGGUGAAUCAACCGUCUUCUUCAACAAAAUGAAAGGUGACUAUUACCGUUAUCUUGCGGAAUUCAAAUCUGGCAAUGAGAGGAAAGAAGCUGCUGAUCAGUCUUUGAAAGCUUAUGAGAUUGCUACUACUGCUGCUGAGGCUAAGCUGCCUCCUACACAUCCUAUCAGAUUGGGACUGGCUUUGAAUUUCUCUGUCUUCUACUACGAGAUCAUGAGCGCACCUGAAAGGGCAUGUCACCUGGCUAAGCAGGCGUUUGAUGAAGCUAUCUCAGAGCUUGACACUCUCAACGAGGAGUCCUACAAAGAUAGCACCUUGAUUAUGCAACUCCUUAGGGACAAUCUGACCUUGUGGACCUCUGACAUCCCUGAAGAAGGAGGAGAUGAAGCCAAUAAGACAAACGGUUCUGCUAAACAUGGAGCAGGUGGAGACGAUGCAGAGUGA